ACGGCGGCGUGGGUUUGCUUGAGUGACACAAUUAUAACAAGUUUGAGCUGGCGACUAGGGGCAAGUUUGAGAUAUUAUUAAAUAUCAGUUUGCCGUCAAACCCUGCAGUGUGCGUUUUGCGUGCAUUUUGGCUAACUGCGACUCAUUUAUGUAGAGGACAAUGUGAAAAAGGGGGUGUUUAGAGGAAAUUAUUUUCCUUGGGAGAUUUCCAAUUUGUUGUUUUUGCGUUUGGAUUCACGCAAAAGGUGCUCGGCUUGCGGUGCGUAAAUAAUUUUGCUGGAGUGUUUCGUCUAUGAAAUCGUUAGGAGUGUCGGUUGCCGCUGUAGCUUGCGCUGCUGCUGGUAGUAGUAGUAGUGGUGAUGAGGAAAAGAAAAUGGCGGCGGGAAAAGCGAGUGAAACCGAGGAGGACUUUCCGAAGCUUACGCCGCAAGAAAGGGAACGCUUAGCCGGCAUAGACAGCACUCUGUUUGGAUUUCAGAGGCUUCAUGAAGAUGGCGCCAGAACGAAGGCCUUGCUGUUAAAGGCUGUUCGUUACUAUGACGUCUACAUUUUAAAAGCUGAAGGAAAAGUGGAGCCAGAGGUGUUUUGCCAGUUAGGUCACUUCAACCUUUUACUGGAAGAUUACCCUAAAGCUUUAUCUGCAUACCAGAGAUACUAUGGUUUACAGUCAGACUACUGGAAGAAUGCUGCCUUUUUAUACGGCCUUGGUUUGGUUUACUUCCAUUACAAUGCUUUUCAGUGGGCAGGGCAGCGCACCCCCUCAGAUGCCCUUUCUGGACAGAGAAGGGCGAUAAAGGCAUUCCAGGAGGUGCUUUACAUUGACCCCAGCUUCUUAAGAGCCAAGGAGAUCCAUCUGCGACUCGGCCUGAUGUUUAAAGUCAACACAGACUAUGAGUCAAGCCUGAAGCAUUUUCAGCUGGCUUUGAUUGGCUCCACACCCUGCACUUUGUCCAAAGCUGAAAUUCAGUUCCACAUCGCUCAUGUAUAUGAAAUUCAGAAGAAAUACAGCAUUGCAAAGGAAGCUUAUGAGAGUCUGUUACAAACAGAGAAUCUUCCUGCACAGGUGAAAGCAACCACGCUCCAACAAUUAGGCUGGAUGCAUCACACGGUUGAACAGUUGGGAGAUAAAGCCAACAAGAACAGCUAUGCUAUUCAUUGUCUACAGAAGUCCCUAGAAGCAGACCCCAAUUCAGGACAGUCUUGGUACUUUCUGGGCAGGUGCUACUCAAGUAUUGGGAAGGUCCAAGAUGCCUUCAUAUCUUACCGACAGUCUAUUGAUAAGUCUGAAGCCAGUGCAGAUACAUGGUGCUCAAUUGGUGUGUUGUAUCAGCAGCAGAAUCAACCGAUGGAUGCACUGCAGGCGUAUAUCUGUGCAGUGCAGCUGGACCACAGCCAUGCAGCUGCUUGGAUGGACUUAGGCACACUCUACGAGUCCUGCAACCAGCCGCAGGAUGCCAUCAAAUGCUACAUCAAUGCCACGUGCAGCAAGUCCUGUAGCAACAUCCAAGCUCUAACGGCUCGCAUUAAAUGCCUUCAGGCUCAGUUGUGUAAUCUUCAGCAAGGUAGUUUACCAAGUAAAAGUAAAAUGCUCCCUAGUAUUGAGGAGGCGUGGAGCCUACCAAUCCCAGCAGAGCUCACCUCCAGACAGGGAGCGCUCAACACAACACAACAGCAAACCUGCAAAGCUCAUCAGAGCAAUGAAGCCCAGUCCCAAAUCCCAGGCCAGUCUCUUCCUCAUGUUCUCUCUGGCCAUAUAGAUGGCCAGUCCAGCCUGGCCAAAAGGAAGAGGACCGCUAGUCCUGUCAGGAGUUCGCCAGAUCGCUGGGCAAAUAAUCCAAAUCAUCAUCAAAUCCCCAAGUUGAGUUUAGCCCCCCAGAAGCUUCAGGUCCUGGAACAGUUACGGACCAACAGGGCCAAUUUGAAGCCAGUUCAGCUGCAGAUGCUGGAACAGUUGGAAAAUCAGCUCAGUCUAAUGCAACAGAAUCAGCAGAUGAGGCUCAAUGCUAUGAAUCAAGUACGGCCCAAUGUGUCUAAUGGUCCUGUAGCUGACCCCUCACUGCCUAUGAACACUAAUUCCACAUCCUCCCCUCACCAUCCACACAACGCUCUUUCCCACACACCCUCUGCCCACUCCCGAUGCGCUGCUCAGCCAAUAUCCAACGGACCUGUCCUUGCAAGCCCUGCCCCCUGCAGCACCGCUGGAACCCUGGGUAACUCAGAUGCUGUCUCUGUGGGCAAUAAUCACCUCCCAGGACCGGGAAGCAACGGAAACGUGCCUUACUUGCGUCAAAACGCACUACCUCAUAACUGCACAACCCCAACCAGUAGCAGCAUGGAUAAUGAACCGUGGGAAAGCCAACACAUUAACUCCACUCAGGUGCUUCAGAAAAGUCCAGGUUCAUAUUCAGCAGGUCCUAAUGGCGAGCAGCCUUUCUCUUCCGCUGGGACUUCCCAAAAAGCCAGUACUGGCUUUCCAAAUCAGGUCGGACGUUCAGCCACAGCCAACGACAUGUUAGCACAGGAGGCCAGUCACAAUCAUCUCCUCUCCCCCAGCCCUAUUCACUCUGCUACCUCAGGUGGACAGCAAGGCAUGGUGCACACCAAAGAGAGCAAGCCUUCAGGAAACGGGCAUUCCACAGGGACGCCUAACAGCACUGCCACUGCAGAAGGACUGCCUAAUCACGUCCAUCAGGGCCAGGCAGAAGGUGCUGGGGCGAAACCCUGUUCACCAGGUGUACUCCGUUCAGACAAUCCUCAGCUCUCUGCCUUGUUGAUUGGAAAAGCCAAUGAAAGUAAUAGUAGUAAUGACUUUGGAUUGGGGGCUGCCGGCACUAAGGUUAACAACGUUCACUCGAGUCUACACGCAGAACUUAAGGCACAUGAGAAUUCUGUGGCCUCCUCUCCGUGUUCUGCCAUGUCCACGGCCACACCCUCCCCCAAAUCCACAGACCAUCACAGUGCUCAGAACAGUGUUAACAGCCUUAACAGCCCCACGCUUAACGGCAAAGGUCUGGAGGACACUCCGAGCCCCUUGAAGGUGGCAUCUCCCCUGGUUUGCUGUAAACCAACAGCUCCCUCGCUUGUCCCGUGGUCCUCUGUCUCCAUCUACCCCAGUUCCAGUGAGGUGUUUAAAGCAUGCAGAAACCUUGGGAAGAAUGGUGUGUCCAACAACAGCAUCUUACUUGACAAGUGUCCCCCUCCGCGGUUACCUUCUCCACCCUUUCCUCCUCUGCCAAAGGGCAAGCUCAAUCCCCCCACCCCUAGUAUCUACUUGGAGAACAAGAGGGAUGCCUUCUUUCCACCAUUACACCAGUUCUGCACAAACCCAGCCAACCCUGUUACUGUGAUCCGUGGCCUGGCUGGAGCACUCAAGCUAGACCUAGGGCUGUUCUCCACCAAGACUCUGGUGGAGGCCAACCCAGAGCACCUGGUGGAGGUGAGGACUCAGUUAUCUCAGCCCACUGAUGAGAACUGGGAUGUGACGGGCAGCAGGAAGAUGUGGCGCUGUGAGAGCAGCCGGUCACACACAACCAUCGCCAGAUACGCUCAGUACCAAGCAUCCUCUUUCCAGGAAUCUCUGCGGGAGGAAAAUGAAAAGAAAGGGCAGAAGGACCACUCAGACACAGAAUAUGCUCUGUCAGAGAAUGUGGUUCGCCGAAGGAGAGGUCCCAUUAAGCACAUCAAAUUUGGGACCAACAUCGACUUGUCAGAUGAGAAAAAGUGGAAGCUGCAGCUGGCUGAGUUGAGUAAGCUGCCUGCCUUUGCACGGGUGGUGUCUGCAGGGAAUCUGCUCAGUCAUCUGGGCCACACCAUUCUCGGCAUGAACACUGUCCAGCUCUACAUGAAGGUCCCAGGCAGCAGGACACCAGGUCAUCAAGAAAAUAACAACUUCUGCUCUGUGAACAUUAACAUUGGCCCCGGAGAUUGUGAAUGGUUUGCUGUUCCUGAGCCGUACUGGGGUGUCAUGAAUGAUUUCUGUGAAAGGAAUAAUAUCAAUUACCUAAUGGGCUCAUGGUGGCCAAAUCUGGUGGAUUUGUAUGAGGCCAAUAUUCCAGUGUAUCGCUUUAUCCAGCGACCAGGUGAUCUGGUCUGGCUCAAUACAGGCACUGUGCAUUGGGUUCAAGCCAUUGGCUGGUGCAACAACAUUGCCUGGAACGUAGGACCACUCACUGUGCAUCAGUACAAGUUAUCUGUGGAGCGCUACGAGUGGAACAAACUCCAGAGUGUCAAAUCCAUUGUUCCAAUGAUUCACCUCUCUUGGAACAUGGCCAGGAACAUUAAAGUGUCAGACCACAAGCUCUUCGAGAUGAUCAAGUACUGUUUGUUGAGGACACUGAAGCAGUGUCAGAUGCUGAGGGAAGCUCUUCUAGAUGCUGGUAAAGAGUUAGUUUGGCAUGGAAGGACCAAGGAUGAGCCUGCUCACUACUGUAGCAUCUGUGAGGUGGAGGUCUUUGACCUGCUGUUUGUCACCAGUGAGAGCAACUCACGAAAGACGUAUGUGGUGCACUGCCAGGACUGCGCUCGGAGAUCCAGCCCUAACCUCGAAAACUUUGUGGUUUUAGAGCAGUACAAAAUAGAGGACCUCAUGAAAGUGUAUGACCAAUUCACAUUAGAGACAGUCAGUCGUACAGUUUUGAAAGACAUGAGUGCCCCAAACCUUCCCCCCUCCUCAUCUUGACAUUAACAUUAAUGGUUCUUCGGAUAACACCCUGGAACGCAACAUAUACCUUUCUGAUAUUCAGGAGAUCUGACCCAGUUCCAUAUUACUGGUUUCUGUAGCAAACCCCCCAGAAGGCUGCUGGUUCUAAGCUGUGUGUCUAUGCAACCUUGCAAAGUAUGGAAUGUCGGCCUACUUGAGUGAAGUGGGAUAGUAUCCAUCUUCAGGACUGUUUCAGCUUAUUCAGCACCACUUCUCUUUGAAACACAAACUACAAAAAAUUGACUAAUUGCAGAGAAAUAUGGUUUUGUGUAUAUACCACAAAUGGCAAAAUCACUCAAAACUACUGACUUUUUCUGUUCCUUUACACUUUUUUUUGCAUGUGUUCUUUUUCUUUCCUUUUACUUCAUGUUUGGGCUGAUACAUGAUUACUUUCUUUGAAUCUUAUUUCCGCAAGUAGUACCGUAGCUGGACUUUUUUGUUCUAAAUUUCUUUAGGCAACAAAAAAGUGAAAAAAGUAAAUAAAUACAUUGUAAUGUGAAUUAUUUUUAAUUGUUUUUUCAAAAUAGUUUGUCUUUUUCUUAAGGAAAAAGUUUUGGGGGCGGGGGAUAGCCAAGUCACAAAGGAAAAUGGGUUGCACAUAGAUUAAGGAGUAAACUUUAAUUUGUGUUCUUUGUGUUAUGUUUCUAAUCUUGUAAAUCUACACUAUUUAUAAAUAUUUAUUGCUUGAAAAUAUUUGGAAUAAAUGGAAUGCUGUUAUUUUUUUUCCAGAGUUCAUGCCAUUAAAUUUUAUGGAGCAAUGUAAUUUUGAACAUUUCUCUUUUUUACAUUUUCUAUACAUGAAUAAAGCCGCUUGGCAACCAUUGUACAGAAACAUGAAGAUUUAAAUGGUUUACUAAUCAAAAUAGUCUUCAAUUAAAAUAUUCUCUCUUUGUGAUGACAUUUCUUGUCUCAGGUAUGAAUUACAAUAUUAAUUUCCCAAGGUUUGUUACUGUCUUUACUUGGACAAGAUAGUUCAUGGUGUAUAUGCUAACGGAUGUACAGGAUACAUUUGUUGUUCAGCAGCAAACUUGAUUUUUUUUUUUUUAUUUAAAUCCCAAGAUACUUCCAGGUCAUGAAUCUCUUAAUGGCUUGAC